AUGUGUCGACUAGUGUUAGUGACGGGUGCGGCCGGUUAUAUCGGUUCCCAUUGUGUUCUGAAUUUAUUAUCAAAUAACUAUGAAGUGGUUGUUAUUGACAAUAGCAGUACAUCUGCAUUAAUCAAUGGCCAACAAUUACCGGAAAGUUUGCGAAGAGUGGAACUGUUAGCCAAUAAUUGUGUGAAAGAAUUUAUUUUCGGUGAUCUCUGCAACAGUGAUGUCAUUAAUAAGAUGUUUAAAAAAUACCGAUUCGAUGCUGUCGUCCAUUUGGCGGACCUCAAGAAUAUUACCGAAUCUAUUGAACAACCGUUAGAUUAUUAUCGCAAUAAUAUGAUUUCAAUUAUCAAUUUAUUAGAUGCUAUGAAAAGGUUUGAAGUUUUUAAUCUAAUAUUUGCUUCUUCUGCUGUUGUCUACGGAAAACCUAAAUAUUUGCCGUUAGAUGAGUUGCACCCAACUGGCCAAUCAUUGACCAGCUCUUAUGCCAAAAGUUUAUAUAUGACAGAACAGAUACUACAAGAUUUAUGUACAACUGAUCCCAAGUGGACAGUUGUGUCAUUGAGAAUGUUUAAUGUUGUCGGUGCUCAUAACUCAGCUGAUAUCGGUGAACAUACCACUGGUGUUCCUAAAAACCUAAUGCCAUACAUCACACAAGUGGCUAAUGAAGGUAGACCUGAGCUAAGAGUGUAUGGAAGUGAUUACGACACACCUGAUGGCACCGGUAUUAGAGAUUAUAUACACGUUGAAGAUGUUUGUGAUUUAAUACUAAAAGCCUUAAAUAAAAUAAUUUCUGAUAACUGGUCGCAAUGGUAUGCAUUCAAUGUGGCCAACGGUUCCGGACAUUCAGUUCUUGAGAUCAUAGAUAUUUUUGAGAAAAAGUUGGCACAAAAAAUACCGUAUGUUUUGGUAGACAGAAGACCGGGAGAUAUUGGCCAUAGUUUAGCUGAUAUAUCAUUAAGUAAACAAAUAUUCAAUUGGGAACCAAAACGAGAUAUUCAUCUCAUGUGUGAAUCAGCUAUGAAUUGGCAAAAGAAACACAUAAAUGGUUUUGAUUGCAUCCAUCAAAAUGUUAAUCAAUAA